UUUCCAUCAUGUCCAUCUCUACUUUAAAACCAGAUGCGUUUCGAUGUGAUCUAACUGCCAAAGUGCUUGAACAUGUCAUGACUGUAUCUGCUAAACAAGCAGACUCUGAUGCUCUUUUGAUCUUGAAUGAAUAUUUGAUUGGUGAUGACAGUGGUUGUGUUGUCCUAAACACAAAACAAGACUUGACUAUAGAUACUGUGUAUGAUAUUAAAAACGCGUAUACACAAGCAACCGAGGGUUAUUUACGCGUAUAUGCUAAUGACAUAGAAACUUCUUCUGCCUCUUUAGACAAGGUGAAUACUGAAAACAACAAAUCGCUUGUAUUUAUGGAAAGGAUAACAAUAAAUUAAAACAUUGUCUGUGACAAAUAUGACUACUUUUUUGAAGCAUUUCGAGUAGUCUAUCAAGGCUUAUAUCUAAGACAUGCAUGUAUGUGUUACCCAACACGGUUUAAAGGAAUUACUAUUCAUCCGAUUAUCG